AUGGAUGGAAUAUCUUCAAGAUCAGAAGCAAUAGAAGGGGAUAAUGAAAUAUCAGAUAUUAUCCUCAGGCCUUUUGAAUUGUCUGACAUAGAUGAUUUCAUGGUGUGGGCUACAGAUGAUGAGGUGAGUCGUUUCUGCAUCUGGGAUACUUACACUUCUAGAGAACAAGCCUUGAGCUAUAUCCAGGACAUUGCCAUUCCUCACCCAUGGUUGAAAGCAAUCUGCCUCGAAAACCGCCCCGUCGGAGCUAUUUCAGUGACACCAAAUUCUGGCAUUGAUGGAUGUAGAGGUGAGCUUGGGUAUGUUCUAGCACACCAGUACUGGGGCAAGGGAAUUGUCACUCGAGCAGUAAAAAUGGUGGCUUCCACCAUUUUUAUGGAGCGGCCACAUUUGCGGAGACUUGAAGCUCUUGUGGAUGUUGAUAACCUGGGCUCACAAAGGGUGCUAGACAAAGCCGGGUUCCAGAGGGAGGGUGUUCUAAGGAAUUAUCUUAUCUUGAAGGGAAGAUGUAGAGAUAUGGUUAUGUUCAGUCUUCUUUCUACAAAUCAUCAGAGUGAUUAGUUAUUUCGUCCUUAGAUAACCAGAAUCGUCCCAUUUACAUAUUUUUUAGAUCUACGAACGCUAUGAUAACUUUGGAUACGCAUAAGUUUUACUUUUGUUAUGUAUUAAAUUUGUUGAUACAAAAAUAUCACAUCUCAUCCUUUCUUCUUAUUCUUCGUACACAUAUAUAGGUGGAGAAAAAGAA